AUGGCUAAUAAUAAUAAUAUCCAAUCAGAUUCGGUAAGUUUUUUUUUUUGAAUUUUGAAAAAAAAAAUCAAAAAUUGGCUGAAAAAUCAACAUAUGCUCAUUUUAAGCUCUGAAAUUUCUCAAUAGAGCGCAUUUGGCAAUUUUCAGCUAAAAAUUUGAAUUUUCCAAGUUUCCGGGGUCAAUUUUGGCGGGAAAUUCAAAUCUACACUUAAAAUUAUCGAUUUUUCAUGAAAAAUUGGUCAUAUUGCUCAUGUUAAACCUCAAAAAACCUCCAAUUGAGCGCAUUUGCCAAUUUUCAGCUAAAAAUUUGAAUUUUCCAAGUUUCCGGGGUCAAUUUCAGCGGGAAUUUCAAAUCUACACUUAAAAUUAUCGAUUUUUCAUGAAAAAUUGGCUAAAAAUCAACAAAUUGCUCAUUUUAAUCCCAAAAAUCAAUUUUUGCAGCAAGAAAUGAAGAAAAUCCGAAAUUACAUGAACAAUCUGAUGAUUUGCUGGUUUCAAUUCACAUUUUUCCUCACUUUUGCAUUUUCGGCCUACGAAAAUCAGAGCUAUAAAUUGAUGCUUUUCGUAAGUUCCUUAAUUAGAAUUUUAAUUAAUUAAUUAAUUAAAAUUUAUUUGCAGGCAAUGAUUCAGGCUGAAAUUUCAGUCAUGUUCCUCCUCAAAUCCCGCUCUUUCAUCACUUUUCAUCUCGUUUUUCAACUGCUUCUCCUCAUUUACACGUGGAUUAUUUGUUUGAUUCAGAGAAUGGAUUGUGAGUUGGCAAAAUUUAGUUGAAAAUUUUGAAAGUUUCGAAUUUCCCCCAAAAUUUGGAGAAUUUUGAGUAUAAAUAUGCCUAGAAAAAAAUCCACGUGGCAAAUUUUUAAAAUCCGAAAAACUACUGUAGAUUUUGGCGCCCAAAAAAUCCACGUGGAAAAAUUUAACAUUCAAAUUUUCGCGCCAAAAAUCAUCAUAAAAAACUACUGUAGAUUUUGGCGCCCAAAAAUCCACGUGGAAAAUUUUAAAAAUUCAAAUUUUCCCGCCAAAAAUCAUCAUUUAAAACUACUGUAGGGCUUCUGGCCUCAAAAAUCCACGUGGAAAAUUUAAAAAAUUCAAAUUUUCGCGCCAUAAAUCAUCAUUUAAAACUACUGUAGAUUCUGGCGCCCAGAAAUCCACGUGGAAAUUUUUAAAAAUUCAAAUUUGGCGCUAAAAAUUUACCAAAAAAAACUACUGUAGAUUUUGGCGCUCAGAAAUCCACGUGACAAAAUUUUGAAAAUUAAAAUUUUCCCGCAAAAAUUCAAGUGGAAAAAUUUUGAAAAUUCAAAUUUUCGCGCUAAAAAUCAUCAAAAAAACUACUGUAGGGUUUUGGCGCCCAGAAAUCCACGUGGCAAAAUUUUAAAAAUUCAAAUUUUCGCGCCAAAAAUCCACGUGGCAAAAUUUUAAAAUUCAAAUUUUCGCGCCAAAAAUCCACGUGACAAAAUUUGAAAAUCUGAAUUUUGGUAGAUCAAAAAUAUUUUUCCCGCGAAAUUUCUGCGGGAAAACUUUGUGAGCUGUUGGGUCAAACUAGACUGUAGGGGCCGACAUCCGCCACUUCGACUUAUUCGAACUCCAUCGCUCCGGAACCAACAUCACAUUCAUCUUCCUCUUCCAAAUCUUCUACAUCUUCUGCGUCUUUCAAUAUCUCGAAUUGCUCACCGAAAAAUCGGAGAACAAAGUUUUGUUGGCGGCUCCGAAGAGCUCAAAAAUGUUUGCAAAUGUUUAA